AUGGCCCACAGAGAGCAGGAAGGCCCUUCCAUCCAUCCUGUGGGAUCCCCAGCCAGAGGCCCUGGAGGCAGUGGCGGCCUGUCGUCUGCUUCUUCCUUCGAUGAGUCUGAGGAUGAUGUGGUCAUCGGGGGUGGAGGCAGCAGUGACCCAGAGGAAGGCCCGAGGAACAUGCCCUGGAGGAAGCUGAAGACGGCUGUGCACUGUUCCCCCUUUGUUGUCUCCUUCAGAAAACACUAUCCCUGGGUUCAGCUUUCUGGACACAAGGGGAACUUCCAGGCUGGGGAGGAUGGGCGGAUCCUGAAGAGAUUCUGUGAGUGUGAACAGCGAAGCCUGGAACAGCUGAUGGGAGAUGCUCUCCGACCUUUUGUGCCUACCUAUUAUGGGGUAGUGGAGCAGGAUGGAGAGGCCUUCAACCAGAUGGAGGACCUGCUGGCUGACUUUAGUGCACCCUCCAUCAUGGACUGCAAGAUGGGCAGUAGGACAUACCUCGAGGAAGAGCUAGCAAAGGCCCGAGAGCGUCCCCGGCCUCGUAGGGACAUGUAUGAAAAAAUGGUGGCUGUGGACCCCAGUGCCCCAACCCCAGAGGAGCACGCCCAGGGUGCUGUCACCAAGCCCCGCUACAUGCAGUGGCGAGAGACGGUGAGCUCGACUGCCACUCUGGGCUUCCGGAUUGAGGGCAUCAAGAAGGCCGAUGGGACCUGUAACACUAAUUUCAAGAAGACACAGGGGACAGAGCAGGUCACCCGAGCCCUGGAGGACUUUGUGGAUGGGGACCGCAGCCUUCUGAGGAAGUAUGUGGAACGUUUAGAAGAGCUUCGAGGAACCCUAGAAACCUCCCCCUUCUUCCGCACUCAUGAGGUGGUGGGCAGCUCACUUCUCUUUGUCCAUGACCAGACGGGCCUGGCGAAGGUCUGGAUGAUCGACUUUGGCAAGACAGUUCCCCUGCCUGCGCCCCAGACCCUCAGCCACCGGCUGCCCUGGGAAGAAGGCAACCGUGAGGAUGGGUACCUGUGGGGUCUGGACAACAUCAUCCAGCUUCUGGACAGCUUGGCCCUGAGCUGAGCCAGAGACUCACAGGGGGCAGGACCGAAUUGGGGGCUGCUCCCACCUUGGGAUUUAUUUAUUUGAAGGUAUUUAAGCUAUUAGAGAGGAGGCGGGCAGAACCCAAAGGAAGAAAGGAAGGAGGGGAUGGUGCUUGAACAAGGGUCAGCCCAUCUCUGGUGACCCCUUCCGCUCUCAAUAGGGGGACCCAAGCUGUGGAACCAAAAGGGGCAAAGGAUGCCAGGGUGUGAUGGGCACAUGCAUGUUCAGCUCUGCUGAGAAUCCUGUGUCUGUGUAUGUGUGAGAUGCCAGGGCCCCAAGAUGGGCUGCUUGCUGUGCUGUGGGGCAACCUGUGGGCAGAGGCCUCCCUCCUAAGGGUCUUUCACCCCAAUAGUAACACCAGUUGGGGGCCAGGGAGCAAAGAACCUCGGUGACAAUGUCAAAACAGAGAUUUCUAGACUCUUCCUCACACCCUGAACCCCUGGCGGUGAUGGUGGUUGAGGUGCUAUCCAACCUCCUUCCUGGCUCUGCCUGCCAGCCUUCAGGGCUGUCCAAAACCAGGGUUAACCCUUUGUCUUGUUCAUCCUACCAAAGGCCUGGCCUUCCUAGAUUGGAAUUGGAGGGAAAGCGGCUGGGGGUGGGAUGGACAAGGGAGCCCCGAGACCCCCUUCACAGAAGAAGAGGAUGUGACCACUACGGCCUAUAAUACAGGUUCCUAAUCCUUCAGCUCAGCCUUCAGCCAGGGUGGGGGCACACCAGCAGUGUCAAUACCAACCUUGCCCCACUUCUGAGCACAAGAACCAAAGACUCCUCAGUCCACGGACCCUAAAGGGGAGAGAGGGACAGGGGACAAAAUCUUGGUCCCUUAUUUAUCUUCCAGAUCCCCAAGGAAGAGUUGGGGAGGGGCCUGGAUUACCCAGGAGCUUGACAGGGCCUUAGGGACUGAUCCAGUCCAACUCCCAUUUUCCUUUCAAUGGAGAAAUGGGAAGGGGCAGAGCUGGGGGCUCAACCCCCACUGCUAUCUUUUCACUACAUACCAGCUGCCUCCCCAGAGUUCUAGCCUUAAUGAAGCUCCCCUCCCUGGCCCAGGGGAGAUGGAGAGAGGACAAGGGGUAUAUGCUCUUUCUAUUUAUUUAUAGAGAGGGGUGGGCUGAUGCUGGAAUGAGGCAGGGGCCUUUCCAUUCCCUUAAAUAAAGUGACAUGGUUUUCCACA